UGUGAUUGUUGGGGUCGCAGGAUGAAUUUUAGAAUUGUGCUUCCGUUCGUGGCGGGUGUUUUGAUGUGCGCUUCUGUCGUGGCAAGUUUAGAAUGUGGCAAACAAACGAUAAGAAACGGACGCAUUGUGGGAGGAGAGGAGGCCUUUGACGGCGAAUUUCCUUUUUUGGUGUCUAUACGUUUAGGAGGGAGUAUUUUCGGACAACACCACUGCGGGGGAGUGAUCGUGAGGAAACUCUGGAUUCUAACUGCUGCCCACUGCGUCACGAGCCACGCUGCCAAAUCUUUCGUCGUUCGCGUGGGCGAGUUUGACUUGACUCGAGCAGAGGGCAACCACACGGAGAGCGACCAUCCGGUCGAGAAGAUCAUCCUGCACCCCGACCUUUACAAACCGAGACGAUACAACAACGACGUCGCACUGCUUCGGCUCAGCAAACCGAUCCACUACGACGACUACUCCUGGCCCGCUUGCUUGCCGCAAUUCGGAGAAGAUUUCACAGGGUGGCAAGGAACCACCGUCGGAUGGGGAUUCACAGACGAAAAUGGUGGUCGUAGGUCUCCAACCCUCCAGAAGGUCCAGGUUCCGCUCCUGAACAGGACCCAGUGCCAAGACUUGUACAACGAGGCUAAGAAGAACGUGCGAUUCGAGAAAGGACAAAUAUGUGCGGGGUACAGGGAAGGAAAGAAAGAUUCUUGCCAGGGUGAUUCUGGCGGCCCUCUCGUCAUCAGACGCGAGGGACGUUUCACUGUUGUGGGCGUGGUUUCUGCUGGAAUCGGCUGCGCGCGACCACUUCUGCCGGGUGUCUACUCACACGUGCCCUCGCACAUGCAAUGGAUUCAAAACACCAUUGAGGGAUCGUGAAAGUCUUCUCCUGUCCUCAGCUUUUUGCUGUUCAUACGGAUGCGUAUGAGGAGCAGAGGACCCAAAUGCUUGGCUUAUUUAUUUGCCAAGUAGGUGCCGCGUUUUGCUGUGAGCUUUGUCAACAACCAAGUUUUUUUUCCCUGAUAAUGCGGAUGGCGAUGAAAUUUUUCUGUUGAGACGCAACGAAAAUUAUUCCCAAAAACUGUUUAUUAGAAGUUGUACGAAGAAAACUAAUAAUUGGCCGCUACUAAGUACAGGACGGCUCAAAAAGAAUCGUGGAGUUUCAUAAGGGAAUAUAGGACCUACAGGUCUCUGGUCGAGCGUAAGUGAAAGAGCGAUUGGUAAAGUUUCAAUUUGCUACCGCUAGAUGUC